AACGUCACUUUCGAGAAACCAUACAAAAUUCACUAGGUUUUAGAUAAAAUUCAAAGGUUGUAAAAAUUAAAUGCUGAUGGAAGAGGACAUCCCCGACAUUCCUGACAUUCCCGACAUUCCCGACAUUCCUGACAUUCCCGACAUUCCCGACAUUCCUGACAUUCCCGAUGAGGUCUUCAACUACCUGGAGGAGCAGCGCGCCCGGGAGCGGGAACUGAUCAUCGAGAAGAAGGUACUCAAGGAGCGCAUCAAAAAGGUGCAGGACAUCCUGAAGCUGCUAGAGGGUCGGGCCAAUGGACUUCCAUGCACAGUUGCAAGUGGCAACAUCUACCAGCAGUGCACCGUGCAACAGGUGAGGGACAAUCUGACUGCCAAUCUAGCGAUCUCCAUGGAGCUCUUCGUCACGGCCCACCGGAAGAUCCUGGGAAUUCAGCGAGAACUCAACCAGGAUUACGCGGGGAUCUGCGCGAGCACUAUCAGGCCCGAUAUGCCCAACUGAAUGGCUUAAAUAAAGUUAAAUUAAUGAUCGACUAUAGGCUCACUUUCUAAUCUCUAAAUCAUGGAGUUCAGUUGAUACCUACCAUUUAAUUUCUAAAUAAAUACCAACCUAACUUCACAAUUAUUUAA